UGAACAAACAACUUCCAACCACGAAUAGCCGCCAUUAACGGUUGCAUUUGUAGCAUUUUUAGUUUCGCCCAUACAACAUCUUACGUAAUAAUCAAUACAUAUCACACAAACACCGUUAACAUUUCAGAGCCAAGCUCAAACAAUGACAUUCUGUGCUCUUUCCAGCACCUCCAUCUCUCCCUCUUUCCCAGCCUCUCAUCGCCAUCAAUCCAAAUUCUCAUCUCUCAGAUUUUCCAGCUCCAGAUCUCAGCCUCUGGCUACCCAGUUGAGGAAAACCAUCGCAGCAACACGCUUUACAACGUUUUGUUCUCUGGAUGCUGCAAAUGCUCCGAAACAAGACACCCCAAUUGAAUUCAGUACGCAGCUGGUUUUUUCUUACGACACUUGGAUUCUUUCACGUUCCAUUUUCUUACACGCUUGCUUUUUGGAUUUUGCUGUUGUUAUAGGGUACAUCCCUUCAGUGUGCCUUUUGUGUUUGCUUUAUUUUCUAAACCUAUUUUCUUUGUUGUUUUUGGUGGGGGUGUCAUUCAGGUUUCCAUUUCUUCUAGUGGAUAGAGUGAUUGAAUAUAAUCCUGGAGUUUCUGCAGUGGCCAUAAAGAAUGUAACAAUAAAUGAUAACUUCUUUCCUGGACAUUUUCCAGAAAGACCAAUCAUGCCUGGUGUUCUCAUGGUUGAGGCGAUGGCCCAAGUAGGUGGCUUGGUUAUGUUGCAGCCUGAAGUUGGAGGUUCCCGUCAGAAUUUCUUCUUUGUUGGAAUAGACAAAGUGCGAUUCAGAAUGCCAGUGAUUGCAGGAGACACGUUAGUUAUGAGAAUGACACUUACUAAACUGCAAAAGCGAUUUGGAAUUGCAAAGAUGGAAGGGAAAGCAUAUGUUGGAGGUGAAGUUGUGUGCAAGGGAGAGUUUUUUAUGGCUACUGGGAGUGAAUAACUAAGACAAACCCCUCCAAAAACAGUUUUUUCUGCUGCAUUUCUUACGUGU